UACGCAUUGACCAUAGCUUCGCGUGUUCACCGCAUGAAGUUCCUACUGUCAAUUCGAAAAAUUCAGAAUUCGUUACAUGUAAUUCGAAGUUGUUUCGUGUUCGUGAUUGACGUUGUGUAUAAUUAAUUAGUGUAUUAACUUGAGAUCAUUUAUAUUAUAUAAGAUCCUAGGUUAUAUUCUCCUAAUCAUGGAUAAGAGAAAAAGAAGGAGCCUUCUCAAACGAUUUUCCACACGUAAAUCCAAUGAUUCCACUAUGAUGAGAUCUCUCAAUCUGGACACAAAUAUCGUGGGCGAAGAACAAACAUUUUGGUGGCGCCACUUGGAGGAUAAUACACUGCAGCCUUCCAUGAUGUCUAACAGGAUAAAUGAAUCGAGUAAACAAUUAAGUCUCAAUUCAAAACUGGAUUCCAGCCAAGAAGACACAGCAGAGUGGUGGAAAAAUUUGAAUAUCUCCAACAGUGAACACAAUGUUUCAGUAGGCUCGAUACAAAACUUUAGUGCUGCUGUAGGUGAUACUAAUGUUUUGGAAAAAUCAACAUCAGAGUCAGACAAAGAAAUUAACGUAAAAAAGAGAAAGCUUCGUCUAAGAUCUGCAGGUAGACUGAGCGAAAGCAAUGUGUUUUUAAAUGUUUUAAAUAGUACCGAAUCGGACAGCUCGUUAAGAUCACGGGUAAAAGAAAAAGCAAGCUAUAUGUCAGACAAAGUAUCCCAAAAGAAUACAAGCAUACACAAGAAUAAAGAGGAUAGCUUAGAUUUCAAUUCAACAGUAAAUAUCUCGAAAUCAAGACCAAGUAUUUUUAAGAAAAAGAAGGAUGAAUGGUUGAAAGAUCAGAAUACUUUCCAGAAUCUAUUAACGGAAGAUGAUACAUCAAAUCUUGUUAAGAAAACUCAUAAUAGUUCAAUAAAUCAACAUGGAACGCCAAAAGUUGCGGACAAAACUAUCAUAGAGUUACCUAGACAUUCGGUAAAUCGGGAUACCAAUGUUGAUGAGGCGAACAACAUAAAUAUAGUAGAUUCUGAAAUAGAGAUAGGCAACAUUCCAUUGGAAAUCUCUCCGAGAACUCCUAUCGCUAAAGCUCUUGCAAACUCAAGUCGCAGAAGUGCUACUUCAUCAGGCAAAACAUUAAAAUCAAGGAAAACACUUGAUGAAAGUAUAGCUUCGAUGAAACAAAAGAUUCAACAAAAUUCCACUUUGUUAGAAAAUGAAAGAAAUAAUAAAACGGUAAACGAGCAGGUGUCUGCUCAUUUGUCCUUGAUCGCGGAGAACUCAAAUAGAGUCAGUGUUGAAAGCAAUGGAAGAACUUCACAUGAACAAAAACGUUUAAGAAAAUCACAGAACAAUCACAGCACACCACUCACAGCAUCGAGCAGAAAUGCAUUUUUAACUAUUAGCAAAAUAAAUUCAUCCAAGACAUUGAAAACGAUGGACAACUUCUUUAAACCGAAAGAAUCUACAGCGGCAAAGAAGCAAUCACAUGACUGGAACUUGAUGCCAUUACAAACCUUCACGGACACCGACAAGAUAAAAAAGGUGAAGAAUGCAUUGGAGAGAAUGAAAAACCGCGAGAGGGCCACAAUGAAAGUGGAUGUUGCAAUCGGCAAUAAAGAGUCCAGCACAUCAAGAGCGAGAGCCAUUGAUAAUAUGCUUAAAGAACCGAGAAAGACAAGAUUACUUGUAAAUCCCCCCAAAAUAGAUAAAGCAUUUCUAAUUAAUGGAAAGGUAUACAAAAGGCCAAGACUACCACGUCCGAAGCACUGGGCGACGAAUCGUCUUUACAAGUUUUUAUGGAAACGUAUGGAACCCAAGUACAAGUUAGCGACGAGAGUGCAAUCUGAGAAAUUCGUACAAGAGUUGGCGAAGGUGGUUGCUUUCAUCCAGCGGCGUAAGAAGUACGACAACUACAAGAUCGAAUUAGAAAACCUAAUGAAGCAGAUGGCUCGCUUGGAGAUCAUCAAUACCCGUAACGAGUUUUAUCAUUUUUCUCAGGAUUUCCUACCGUACGAAUUUCGCGUCAAAGUCCUCCCUAUGUUAUUGCCCGGUAACAAGAGUAUUGUACCUUAUGAUCCAAAUGAGUUACAUGCUCCUUUACUUGCUAAUUAAUAAAAUCAUAACGUACAAAACUAUGUGAUCGCAAUGUGACAAACUAUAUCAUAUAAAAAAGUUUUUAAAUCUAUCUACAAAUGCCGAAAAUUUCAUCGAAUGUCCUACAUAUUAGGGUGUGUUAAUAAUAAUGAAAUUUAAUUUUGUUGUUUAACGUUCUGGUAUAAUUAUUGCAACUUCAAAUAAAUUUCUAUUUUUGUGUUUUUAAAGAGAGUCAUAAAAAAUGAAGGCAAAUAUGUUGACGAUUGAGUUGGCUGUCUAUAUUACGUAUCUAAAAUGGAAACUUGCGAAGAAAAAUCAAACUUUUGCACACACCUAAA